UCCUGACUGUGUUCUGUUAUCUGGGCCAUCAUGGGUCUCAGUGGCUUGGAGAGAGAGGGCUGCAGCCGAGUGCUGAUGUUGCUGAACUCCGAAGAUUUAUUUUCCUUGGCUGGAACUGUCACAAAGCAUACUAUGAGUGUGUGCACCAGGGCAGAAGCCAUUAAUGUAAUUCUUCAGAACAGUCAGAGCGCCACAGAGCUCUUGAAUAGGAGAAAAGUUUAUCGUGACACCAUUUUUCAGUACCUAAGCAGUGAGGGUGUCUUUUUGCAGGCAAAAAGCACAAAGACUGAUGUUAUGCUGAAAGCCAUUGCGCACUGGAAAGAAAAGCAUCAUGCCAGCUAUACAGUUCCAUCCUUACAGAGCACUGUUUGUCCUCCUAGAGGGAUUUCAGGUGAUGAAAGCUCUACACAUGGAGCCAGAAAAAAAGAAAACCCGUCAGGACAGAUACCUAAACCAUCUUCUACUUCUAAGAUGGCGGAGGAAAUGAAACCAUCUAUUUUGCCACUUGACUGUAAGAUGUUUGAGAAAGACUUCUGUAAAUUGUUCGACCCUAUCCUGACCUCCCAGAACCCAUCACUCAGACAAGAAAAAGGGAACUGGGGACCUCAGCACUUCUCCGGGAAUGCUUUUCUUCAUCCACAGCACAGACCCACGGAACCCAAAAAAGAAUACCAUUGUGCUCAAAGUGCCAGUUCACGUUUACCUACUCCCACUCAAAAUGAGAGACUUUCUUUUCAUCCUAAUAAUGAUAAGGUAAAAAGUGUGAAUUCCCCAAAGGGAUUUGUGGAAGUGGGGCCGGGCCAGACAUGCGGGGCAGACUAG